UUUCCCAUCAGUACUGUUUCGUAUAUCGUAUCGUUAGCACUCGCUCUACACAUCUCUAUCAAAAUGUCUGGCCGUGGCAAAGGAGGAAAAGUUAAGGGAAAGGCAAAGUCCCGCUCGAAUCGCGCCGGAUUGCAAUUCCCAGUCGGUCGUAUUCAUCGUCUGCUUCGGAAGGGUAAUUAUGCAGAGCGCGUUGGUGCCGGUGCUCCAGUCUAUCUGGCUGCCGUGAUGGAAUAUCUGGCUGCGGAAGUGCUUGAGUUGGCAGGAAACGCUGCCCGCGAUAACAAGAAGACCCGUAUUAUCCCACGUCAUCUACAGUUGGCCAUCCGCAACGAUGAGGAAUUGAACAAGCUUCUGUCUGGAGUGACCAUCGCACAGGGUGGUGUGUUGCCAAACAUUCAGGCCGUGUUGUUGCCCAAGAAAACGAAAAGAAGGCCUAAAUCAUCUAUCUUCAACACCCUAACACAAAACCGUCCUUUUCAGGACGACCAUUAGAUAUUCAAUGAAAGA